AUGACAACACACAAACCUCACCUCUCCCUCUCCCUCUCUCUCCUCCUCUCAUUCCUCACAAUAAUCCCCCCCAUCACAGCCAACACCGAAAAAGUAAUCUUCACAGCCCCCCCUCCCAUCUCCCUCGAGACCCUCACAUCCUCCUCAUCAGCAGCAGCAGCAGCCUUCAACCACAACAGCCUCCCCGUUCUCGGCCCGUCGACCAGCUUCUCCAUACGCACAAACCUCACCCGCGUCUUUCCCCACAACACCAGCGACAACGAGCAACAAGACGAGCAGCAGCGGGGAUACCCGUCAUGGCUGGUGCUGGAGGACCUCACUCCUGGGCAACGAUAUGAACUCCGCGUUUGUUGGUCUGCACUUGAACCAACCGAAUUCUCUCUAGACAUAUACCCCCUCAACACCAUCCUCUCAACCCCCCACCUCCUCCAAUCCCUCUCCCAACACACCACAUCACUCUCACUCUCACCCUCACUCUCAACCCCAAAGCAACAACAACAACAACCUCAACAACACCAAGAUUCUCAAAAACCUCCACCAAACGAAACCUCCAUCCUCCUCCUGCGCGUCCUCGCCGCCGCAGACUACUUCUCCCACCACCAGUCCCUCAUGAAGGAUCCCCCUCCCCCAGUCCUCGUCGACCUCAUCCUGGACCCGUACAUCUACAACGUGCUCCCCCAGUCUCUCGUCCCAACGGUAUGCUACCUUGUUGUGGUUGGCAUCGCGUCGUGGUUUGUAGCCAGAUGGGCGGCAAAGGCGUUGACUGCAAUUGCGGGUUCUGAUGACAAGGACAAGAAGCAAAACUAG